AAGCCUAGGAGCGGACCUCCAAACCCUAAGCUAGGGUUUUGGCGUCACCGAAGACAGAGAGAAGGGUAUAAAUUCGAAGUUCGAGCCUUUCCCUGCUCUCUCUUCGUAUCGCAGGCAGCAGCAGCCGAGGAGGAGAAGUAUGUCUCACCGGAAGUUUGAGCAUCCGAGGCACGGGUCCCUUGGAUUCCUUCCAAGGAAGAGGGCUUCCCGCCACAGGGGAAAAGUGAAGGCUUUCCCCAAGGAUGACCCGACCAAGCCCUGCAAGCUUACUGCUUUCUUGGGCUACAAGGCCGGGAUGACUCACAUUGUCAGAGAGGUCGAAAAGCCUGGAUCAAAGCUUCACAAGAAGGAAACUUGUGAGGCUGUUACCAUUGUUGAGACACCUCCGAUGGUGAUUGUUGGUGUCGUGGGUUAUAUUAAGACCCCCAAGGGUCUUCGCUCAUUGAACACCGUGUGGGCACAGCACCUGAGCGAGGAGGUGAGGCGUAGGUUCUACAAGAACUGGUGCAAAUCCAAGAAGAAGGCCUUCAUCAAGUACUCCAAGAAGUUCGAGACUGAUGAGGGAAAGAAGAACAUCCAAGCCCAGCUCGAGAAGUUGAAGAAGUAUGCUACUGUCAUCAGGGUUCUUGCUCACACCCAGAUUAGGAAGAUGAAGGGAUUGAAGCAGAAGAAAGCUCAUCUGAUGGAGAUCCAAGUGAAUGGUGGAACCAUUGCCCAGAAGGUGGACUUUGCUUAUGGCUUCUUCGAGAAGCAAGUCCCUAUUGAUGCUGUCUUCCAGAAGGAUGAGAUGAUUGAUAUCAUCGGUGUGACUAAGGGUAAGGGUUAUGAGGGUGUUGUGACCCGUUGGGGAGUCACUCGCCUUCCCCGUAAGACCCACAGGGGUCUGAGGAAGGUGGCUUGUAUCGGUGCCUGGCACCCUGCAAGAGUCUCCUUCACAGUCGCUAGGGCUGGUCAAAAUGGUUAUCACCACAGGACUGAGAUGAACAAGAAGGUUUACAAGAUUGGAAAGGCUGGGCAGGAGUCACACACUGCCAUCACUGAGUUUGACCGGACCGAGAAGGACAUUACUCCCAUGGGUGGGUUCCCUCACUAUGGUGUGGUGAAUGAAGACUAUCUCCUGAUCAAGGGAUGUUGUGUGGGGCCCAAGAAGAGGGUCGUCACCCUCCGCCAGUCCCUCCUCAAGCAGACAUCUAGGGUGGCUCUCGAGGAGAUCAAGCUCAAGUUCAUCGACACCUCCUCCAAGUUUGGGCAUGGCCGCUUCCAGACCACCCAGGAGAAGCAGAAAUUCUAUGGCCGCCUCAAGGCGUAAUUUUUCUCCAAGGAGCAUCUCUAUUUCAGGUCGUAGUCGAAUUUUGGUAUUGUUGCUUGAGAACUUGUCCCCGCAUGGCAUUUCAGUUCUGUUUGGGUUUUUUCAUUCAGUUGUCCUCAGUACUAGAGGGUUCUAAACAGUUUUAUAUGGAUUUGCCAUCCGCCGCAAGUUUUGUUUAUUUAAACAUUUCUCAUUAUCAUACAAUUUGAACUAGUUGAUGUUGUCCAUCCAGGAAUGUCUGUUUCAUUCA